GUUCAGGUUCCCUUAGGUGACGCAGCUAGGCCAAGUCACCUUCUUACCUCCCAACUACCUCUCAUGUGGCAACUCUACCCAGAAGAACGCUACAUGGAUAACAACUCUCGCUUGUGGCAGAUUCAGCAUCAUUUAAUGUUUUCUGGAUAUGCCACAAAAGGAUCCAUGCCAGAAACAAGCCUGUGAUAUACAGAAAUGUUUACAAGCCAACAACUACAUAGAAUCAAAGUGUCAGGCUGUCAUCCAAGAACUGCGUAAGUGUUGUGCUCGAUAUCCCAAGGGAAGAUCUCUUGUCUGCUCAGGAUUUGAGAAAGAAGAAAACCCAACACUGAAACCUGGAGCCAAGUAAAGUUGUGCUGAGAUGUUAAAUGCUGCUCCAUGUUUCCUCCAAGCAUGUUGAAUCUACUGUCCCUUCUUUAAUCAAGGUGCAAAAGAAAAAGUCAACUGUAUGAGUUAACAAGUAUACUAUGUAUGCAUAAUAGACCAAAAUACCAACAAGAUGAAAAACAUGUAGAAUUUAAUAAAACUGAGCAGCUAAAAUAAACCUGUUUUAUGUGAAAAAA